AACUUUCCCGCUUGUGCGUUAUUUAUCACUUUCCGUGCUCGUUAUGUAAUAUACUAUUAAAAUUCUUAAUUCGAUUUAUCUCGUAUUUGUGGUUUUGUGACUUAGUACACUUUUAUUCACAUAACAGAUAUAAGUUCAGAUGCGACUGUAGAUCGCUACGGGCCAUUGCUAUCAUCGGAAUUACUUAGAAUAAAGGAUGUCAAAAUAGCCCACACAGGGAGUGAUAGUAAUUAGUAGAUUUCCGUAUCUAGCGCCAAAGUUUAAGAUUGCGCCGUUGUUAGGCUUAUUUAUAGCUUUAUCAAAUCUAAGUGAUAACAAGCGUAAAUGUCAGUAAUGUUUUUCCCAUCGGUCGUGACGCACGCCACAAGAUGACUUCUAAAGUCGUGCAAUAUGAGUUGAAACUGAAAAAAUUGUUGGAAAAAAUUCAGGAAAAGUGUGAUCGUCAUUUAGACGCUUCAAAGCUUCUAGACCAUUUCUGGUAUUUAGAACAAAGAAAAUUAGAAUCAACACUAAUAACGCUUCCACUUUUUACUCAGUGGUUAAAACAGACCGUAAUCACGUGGAAUAGCAAAAAUGUGAAACCGGAAACCAGCGUUGCUUUGUUCACUUUGAAUUUGGCGACUUUAUUGUCAAAAAAAGAAAAAGUGUUUUGUGAUUUGAACAACAGUAAUUUCUACAUCACGCUGAUUAAUAUUUUAAAAGUGAGACACCUCGAUGUGGAGCCAUCUGUUAAACUAGCUUACAUUCAAUUAUUGUCUUCGUUUUUUGAACACAAAUCCGGGGUCGAAUGGAUGACUGUUUGCACUUUCUGGGAAGAUGUCUUCAAAAUGAGUUUAUCUGAUAAAUCUGAAGUUUGUGAGAAGAGCAUUGAAUUUAUGUCAAUUAUUUUGGAAAAAGCGAUAAAUCGUGAUGAAGUUUUUUGUAAUAAUAUUGUGAAACGAGUCAUAUCGACCUUGGGGGUAAAUAUCUACAAGUGUCUCAAAAAUCCCAGCGAAUCUUCAACACAUAUUCUCGAACCUUCACUAAAGCUGAUUGCCGGUAUUUUGGAAUUUGUUUUUGUACGUGUUUUGACCGACGAUAAAGACUUCCGAAUUGCGUUUUUAUUCUUGGAUAAUCUUCGCCUGGAGGAAAUAAUCGAUGAUUUGGUGUUGUUGUCUCAAGCUUAUUGUCGUAGCAUUCAUUUGGUAAAAAUUAUGUUUGUGGUCCAAUUUCUUGAAUUGCAUCUCAAAGUACUGACUAAUAACAUAAGUUUUGAUGUUGCCAAAUACACAAUUUCCACCAUACGGAAAAACUUUACUCAGUAUUGUUUUAAAGGAAGGAGUUACAGAGAUGUCAUCGAAUUGUGUAGCUUCGGUUAUCCUUAUUGGUCACUAAUAAAUUCUAAAAUCGGCUUUGACAAUGCAAAUAAGAAUCAGUUUUCUUUUUCCAACCAUGAUUUAUGUUUACUGUUAUUUCCACAAGGUUGCCUUCUUCUUAAAAAUUUUUUGACUGUGGGUGAAUGGGAAAUUAAGAACUUUAUCGACGAUUGUCGAGACUUAAACCUUUAUUCUUUUAUGCGAAGUAUGGAUCCUAGUUUUCUUCGGAUUGGUUACACAUGGCGUAAUAUCCUCAUUGUAAGUCCGUCUUUGACCCAAAUUUGUAUUUUUUCUCUCAUACGUGUAAGAAAAAUGUUGAAUAUGUUAUCAAAAGUGAGCGCAAUGGUUGUUUUUAGAAUGCUUAUUUAUAUUUGGAAAGACAUCGUUUCAACAAUCAAGGAAAUUCCCGAAAAACUUGAAAUUCUCCGCUGUGAAACAUAUUUUAUAGAAAUUUUUGCUCUCCUUUCUGAAUUGAUCGAAAAAUUUGAAAUUACGUGGAAAGACAAUUUCGAAGCUGUCAAUGUGCUUGCCGUUGCUUUUGAUUUUUUGAUGCUCCACAGAUGGCCUACAGAUGAGGUUGUUCAAGCUUUAAGAUUAAUUAACGUGGCUGUUAGAAAUUAUAUGUCGCCGAAUAUGUCUCUCCUAGUUGAUAUAACUUCAGACUCCACUUUAAAAAUGCUAGGUCCAUUAUUAUCGGCUAAAUUACUCGAUGUAAACCAAGUCAAAAAUGCUUCACUGGAUGUUGUUUUCACCAUGGCUCAAAUGUCUCGGAACAAAUUCCCGUCCUUACAAAAAGUAUUAAUGGAUUCCGAAUUACCGACCUUGGUUGUGAAGAUGUCAACGUGUGAUAGCGAAAGUUUCGUCCGAGCGACCGCAAUCAAGUGCCUCCAAGAAAUGAUUCAAGUCGAAGAAAUCUGGAACAAUGCUUUGAAAUCAGAAGAUUUGCCGCAAAAAAUGCGAGAUGUCCUUUUAAACGAAACCGAGGGAAUCGUGCGUGUGGAAGCGGCGACUUUCAUGUGUGUUGCCUAUGAAAACCAGCAGUUUCCUAAAGACAAUCUUCAUCGCCUCUACGAGACCAUGAUCUACGCCUCUACGACUGAUCUCCAUUGGGAAGUUAAAGUCCGCGCUUUGGAUUUUUGGGACAAAGUCAUCAAGAAUCAUCUCCAGAAUCAGGGAAUGAUCGAUGGAAGUUUCCCCAACGUGACUUUCUCGAAGGAGCAUCGCAAAAUUGUCACUCUGACCGAUUCCGAGAUCAGGAAACGUCUGUUGAAGGUUUUGAGUCAGUUGAGUUCGAUUGGGUGUUUGGGGGUGCUCAUGUCGGCCAUUAAGGAUGACUGUGAUAUGGAAGUGUCAAAGACUGCAGCUAAGAUAACUCAACGUUUGGUGGAGUUGUUCAAGAAGUACAAUGUGAGGAGCGAUGGAAGCAUUCCGACUUCGCCUUUACCGACCGAAAAUGGCAUGUCGACGGCCUCGGUCUCAUCGGGGAUUUCCGUAGAUGAGUCCAUGGACUCACCUUCAAAUCAUCACGAGUUGAACGAGGAUAUCAUCGAUCAGAUUGUCAACUCGAAAGAUGUUUGUCUUUUGAGGAAUGUCUAUGCGCCGAGUGAGUACAGUUCGGUUAGCAAUUAUGACAUUCAAGUCAGAAGAGUAGUGACCCCGAAUGAGUUUCUUCAGUUCACGCAGCAAGAUCUUAACACGAUAAUUAGCGAGAAGAAGAACUGGUUGAAUGGAAUUGAAGAUCUAGGAUCGCUUUUGGAUGAUAUGUUGAAGACUUAUGAAAACGACGUUAAUAAUAUGGACUGUUACUAGGUUAAAGAAUACGCACUCCUUCGGAGAUUGAAUAAUUUCAUACAAAUAUACAUUUCACGCACGAUUCCAAAGGACGCCAAAGUAAUGUGAAAGCUGUGUAAUUAUCAUGGAGUGCCAUUUAUCAAGUUUUUUAUCAGUUAGUCCUAAUAUGUAACUUGAAAUGUAAUUAAGCUUUUCUUUUUUAUUCUAAUUAUCUAUUAUAUAGAUAAAUGUUGAAGUGUGUAAGUAAUUUGUUAGAUGUUUUUAUUGAAUACCUGUUACUUUUAUAAUAAAAUGAAAGUUUAAUUUA